UUUUUUGGUUCUUUUCUUGUCUGUCUUGCUUGAGAGCUCUACCCGUCCUCAUCAAAACACCCAAGAAGAAAUGUCCCUAAAUCGAGUCCUGAUGUUAGAAUUUUUCUUCAUGGCUGUCCUGAUGAGCCCUCAGGAGUCAUGGGCUAUCAAAGAGGAACAUAAGCUCAUCCAGGCGGAGUUCUAUCUGUCCCCUGAUAAAGUAGGAGAAUUUAUGUUUGACUUUGAUGGCGAUGAGAUUUUUCACGUGGAUAUGGAAAAGAAAGAGACAGUCUGGAGGCUCAAAGAAUUCGGACAAUUUGCCAGUUUUGAAGCUCAGGGUGCCUUGGACAACAUAGCUGUGGACAAAGCCAACCUGGACAUCAUGAUUAAGCGCUCCAACCACACUCCAGAUGCCAAUGUGCCUCCAGAGGUGGCCGUGCUGACCAGCAGCCCUGCAGAACUAGGCGAGCCCAACAUCCUCAUCUGUUUCGUCGACAAGUUCUCCCCACCAGUGGUUACAGUCACCUGGCUGAAAAAUGGCAAACCCGUCACCACAGGCGUGUCAGAGACAGUUUUCCUGCCCAGGGAAGACCACCUUUUCCGUAAAUUCCACUACUUGCCCUUCCUGCCCUCCACAGAGGAUGUUUAUGACUGCAAGGUGGAACACUGGGGCCUGGAUAAACCUGUCCUCAAGCACUGGGAGUUUGAUGAGCAAGCUCCCCUCCCGGAAACUACAGAGAAUGUGGUGUGUGCCCUGGGCCUGAUAGUGGGUCUGGUGUGCAUCAUCGUUGGGGCCAUUCUUAUCAUGAAGGGUAUGCACAAAGGCAAUAGCGCACAACGCCGAGGACCUCUGUGAGACCUAUGGAGGUAAUAGCCUAUCUUAGAAGUUCAGUGAAGAAAUUUCUGCUUUCAAAGUUUUCCUAAGCUGACAAACUUUCAAUUGUUCACAUCACUGAACUCACCAUUUCCCAGCCCUAAACAUCAAGAAUAGAGAUGUCUUCCCCAGUCUCCUGCUAGCAUAACACAGAAGCGGUGCCUGCCCACCUCCCCUGCCCUGCCUGCCCACCUCCCCUGCCCUGCCUGCCUUCCCUCGGUUUCCUUUCACCUUACCAUGCCAUGUAAUUCCUCUGUGAUAAAUUCCAUAGGGUUCUGUCUCCGCUAUGGAACUUGCUGAGCUUGCCUGGAGAAAAAACUUCCAUGUCCUUCCUGCCUGAGGGUCUCUGAGUUGUGAUUUGUCUACCUACAAUAAACGUUUUUUGGUG